CUUCACUGUUCAAGUUUCCAUCUCAUCGAUCACCGACGUCUCUUUCGACGUGACCGAAGUCUUGUCAGCUCUUUACGGAACUCGCGCACGUCCACGUAAGGUCAGGAGCGAGGGAGAGGAGCAAUCUCAACAAUGAAGCUCGACAAGCUCAAGGUGCGGCCAAAGAAGGAUGCCGCGACGGCGCCCUGCGCGGCCGAAUUCGCCACGAUGCUCGCCUGCUGGGCCACCGCCAAUGAUCUGUCCAACAGCGGGCCCUGCGCCGACAGCGCAAAAGCCCUACAAACCUGCUUGCAAACGAGGGGGAAGCGGAGGGUGGUCAAGAGACCGACGAUCAACUACCACCUAGCACGAUUCUCAAAGGACGUCUGAAGCGCUCUCUCCUGGCUCGUCGUUCCGGCGAGGUGGACAUGGGCUGGCUCGCGAGAAACUAGCUAAUCACCAACUCGGGUGCUCCUGUGCCAUACAGUAGUUGCCCACUCUCCUCAUUCCCAUGAGCACUCUUCACUCUCGAACUUCUCUCCUCACACACUCUGUACUUGUACAACAAUAGAUACGAAUGUCAACCUGGAGCUCAUUGGCAGCUAUCAUGCAAAC